UGAAUGAGCAUAUUUCUAUAAGCUACGCAAAUAGUCGUUAGAAAAGGAGCUGGUAAAUAAUACUCGUCUGAUGGUUGGUUGGCGUAUGAAAUAUUAAACAAGGGUGCUUUUACUGAUAAGAUAAGCAGAAUAAAAGAGUGCUAAUACAAUUUGCGACGAGUGGAAAAACUUGUCAGUCUGUUUUACGGUAUUUGCCAGAAACAACGCACAAUGCUUCGUUUGGGCCGAAAUCUAUCGUUAAUCCGUCCGCGUGGACUGCGGUCUCUGGGUGCUAGUGCGGUGAGAAAGUUCAGUUCCGACUCCGGACAGAAGAAGGAUGAUCAGGGCUUUAAGCCGGAACAAGUGGAAGCCAAUCUGGAAAAUCCGGUGUCACGGACGAUGAAGAUUCUGGGCAACGACAUGAAAAAGAUUAAGAAAUUCAUUCUGCCUAAGGGGAAGACGGCUUCGGAAGACGUGGAUAACUAUCUGGAGCGAUACCGGAGAGAAGAUUUCCAGAGCCACUGUGACGUACUUAUCAUUGGGGGAGGUGGCGUUGGAUCUUCGAUUGCUUACUGGUUGAAGAAACGAGCGCGGUCCGGUUUGAAUGUGGUGGUGGUGGAGAAAGAUUCCACUUAUCAGCAAGCUUCCACCUGUUUGUCUGUGGGUGGAUUGAGACAGCAGUUUUCCAUCGUGGAGAACAUCCAGAUGAGUUUGUACGGAGCCGAUUUCAUGAGGAAUAUUAAGGAGCAUCUAGGGGAUGAUGUGGCCGUUAACUUCACCCCUUAUGGCUACUUGAUGCUGGCCUCUGAACAGGGAGCAGAACAGCUUCAAGAGAAUUCAAGGUUACAGAACACGUUGGGUGCCAAGAAUGAAAUACUAACGGCUGCCCGAUUGAAAGAACGAUUUCCGUGGAUGAAUACCGAAGGAAUCGCUCUUGGAUGCCACGGGUUGGAAAAGGAAGGAUGGUUCGAUCCGUGGGCGUUGCUAACGGGAUUCAAAAAGCGUGCCAUCGAGUAUGGCGCUCACUACACGGAAGCCGAGCUGGUGGGCUUUGAGUUCCGACCCCAUCCGGAUAUCCUCGCCGAGGGAGUAAAUCCAGGAGAGUACGAAGGACUCGAAAAGGCAUACCUAAAAAUGAAGGACGGUGAAAUUCGAGACAUAAAGUUCUCCGUCGUAAUAAUUGCAACCGGCGCUCAAUCCGGGGAGGUUGCCAAACUGGCGCGCAUUGGAACGGGGAAGGGAAUGCUCUCGGUGCCCCUACCAGUGGAACCAAGGAAACGAUACGUAUACGUGUACCAAUGCGAAAAUGAUAACGGUCCGGGAAUCAAUACCCCACUGACGAUUGACCCCACCGGAACCUAUUUCAGGAGAGAUGGCUUGGGCGGCAACUAUUUGGCAGGUAAAAGCCCACUGCCUUCGGAAGAGCCUCCGGUGGAUAAUUUGGAUGUGGACUACUCGUACUUCGAUAGCAACGUAUGGCCAAAUUUGGCGAAAUUGGUUCCCGAUUUCGAGGCAAUCAAAGUGAAAAGCGCAUGGGCAGGAUACUACGAGUACAACACGUUCGACGAAAACGGGAUCAUUGGACCGCAUCCGUACUACAACAAUUUGUACAUUGCGACCGGAUUCAGUGGACAUGGCAUUCAACAAACCCCAGCUGUUGGGCGGGCGAUUUCCGAGAUGAUCAUUGAUGGCGAGUACCGAACGAUUGACCUGACGAGGUUUGGAUUCGACCGAAUCCUAGUGGAUCAACCCAUUUUCGAAGCAAACAUUGUGUGACACAGAAACAACUGUAGAUUAAAACAUCUUUAUCGUUAAAUUA